AUGGUUCGGCACUUUCCCGCGCAACUUAAUAGCAAACACACGGUAAAUCCUAGGGCACCGGUGUGGUACCGGCCGAAGGCUCUCCGAUGCUUAAGCCUUGGGAGGUGUGCAAUUUGUUUAGAGUUUCGAUGUGGGACUCUGGGCGUCAGUUGUGGGGCUGCCACGUGUCAGAGUGGGCGAGGUUGCCCUAAUGUUGCGAUCGGUAGGAUUUGUACCGAAGGAGUCCCCCAAGUCCCCUUGCGAGAGUCUUCGGAAGGGGAUUUGAAGUCGUCCUCGGGAGGAAACACGGCCUUACCGUUCGUUCAGAGGCUGACGUUGGUGAAGUCAGAAGGUCGCGUCGAUCUGAUGGGCGAAGGGACGUCUGAGCGCUUCGACUUCCGCGCCUCGCGUGCCGUCAGUUCUCCAUAG